CGGGCACGGACGGAGCCAGGAAACGUCCUCUGGGGGCGCGCAGAGGACAGCGCAGAGGCUCCCGGCGAUCCCCGCGCUGGCGUUGGCGUCAUCAAAAAGCACCGGAAGUGCGGCCGCCGCUGCGGAGCCACGUGUGGAGCAGAGAGCCGGCAGCGGCCGGGUCCCGGACGCUUGGUAGAUGCUAGCACCAUGAGCUUCGUGGCCUACGAGGAGCUGAUCAAGGAAGGCGAUACAGCCAUCCUGUCGCUGGGCCAUGGCUCGAUGAUGGCAGUGCGUGUGCAGCGUGGGGCACAGACCCAGACCCGGCAUGGCGUCCUGCGGCACUCGGUGGACCUCAUUGGCCGCCCAUUUGGCUCCAAGGUGAUCUGCAGCAGAGGCGGCUGGGUGUACGUGCUUCACCCCACUCCUGAGCUCUGGACUGUGAACCUGCCCCACCGCACACAGAUCCUCUACUCCACCGACAUUGCCUUAAUCACCAUGAUGCUGGAGCUGCGACCCGGUUCUGUGGUCUGUGAGUCAGGCACGGGCAGUGGUUCUGUCUCCCACGCCAUCAUCCGCAGCAUCGCCCCCACUGGCCACCUACACACUGUGGAGUUCCACCAACAGCGGGCAGACAAGGCCCGGGAGGAGUUCCAGGAGCAUCGUGUGAGCCAGUGGGUGACGGUGCACACCCAGGAUGUUUGCCGCAGUGGCUUCGGUGUCACCCACGUGGCUGAUGCUGUCUUCUUGGAUAUUCCAUCACCCUGGGAAACUGUGGGCCAUGCCUGGGAUGCCCUCAAGGUUGAAGGUGGGCGCUUCUGUUCCUUCUCUCCAUGCAUUGAGCAAGUGCAGCGCACAUGCCAGGCACUGGCAGCCCAUGGUUUCACAGAGCUCAGUACCCUGGAGGUGCUGCCACAGGUCUACAAUGUACGCACCGUCAGUCUGCCCUUGCCUGACCUGGGGGCAAGUGACUUAGAGGUCAGCAUGGGCUCUGAUGCCAGCCCUUUCCGUAGUGGCACACCCAUGAAGGAGACUGUGGGCCACACUGGCUACCUGACUUUUGCCACGAAGACUCCAGGAUAGUGGGCCUCGGCAGGAGUAUCACAGGCAAACAAGGAGGCCAGAGGCUACCUUAUAUGGCCAGCCGCUGCCUGUGGGGCUUGUGUUUAGAAAUAGAUGGCAGGGUGGGGCAGGGGCCUCCUGGGUAGUUGAGGGGGGUGAGUAGGCUGGCCCUGUUGAGCAGGGAGGCAUUCCUAUCUUCUGAGAGGGAAGCCUCCACCUCAUCACUGCUCAUCCUGGCCAUUCUUUGUUGUCAACAUGAAGCUUCCUCUGCCAUAGGCUCCCCUGGGUGUUGAGACCAAAUGGUACAAGUUGAGGGCCGAGGCAGCUCUGGGCACUCCCUGAAGCCUGGGCUGACCUACAGGGGAAUGGACUGUCCUGUCCUGUCCCUGGUCCAAGGUUCUAGCCACUGGUGGGCCAGAGCUUUGUGCAAAGCCUCAUCCUGCCCUUAACUCCUGUACUUCCCCAGGGCUGAUGGAGGGACCAGGCUGGCCUAGGGAUCAAAGGAGGUGACCUCAUAGUCUUGAGUGUUUCACAGGCCAUGCGUGAGCAUACUUGUACCCAGAAUCCCUGAUGUGCCAUUGUCUGGGCCAUCAUCCUGUGGAAAGGGAGUCCAGCAGCACAGGUCUUUGCCUCCAGUGACCUGUCAAGCCCCUGUUGGAGCUAGGGUUGAGGUGCUCCAUGGCCUAGGAGCCUGGCUACAGACCUGCUGCAUGGGCCGCCUUGGGCCUGGUGUCCAUUCCUGGUAUGUAGCUAGGUUCAAGGGAGUCUCAGGGCCCAGAUCACAUUGGCACGGGGCUGCCCUGCAGCUGCUCCUGCUGCAUGGAGUCAGCCAUUGGGAGAACUUCCCAUGUCAUAUCGGCCCCUGAUUUACCUAGUGGAGCAAUAAAUGUUUUGUCUUGCUGUCC